AGGAGCUCUUGAAGUGCUCCUGUUUCUUCACACUGAUGUAACUACCCUUCUGUAUUAGCCUACACGGUAUGUGUACACUAUCGCUAUGUGGGUGGAGGAAAUCCUGCUGAUACGAAAGACAACUCGGACCGGCACCGGACCUGAACUCCACAUCUCUGUCCUCCCGCCCGACGGUCGCGAUGGAUUUCGUGCUGAGCGGAACGGCGGCGUGCGGAGCGUGUCUGUUCACCAACCCGCUGGAGGUCGUCAAAACGCGAAUGCAGCUCCAGGGAGAGCUCCAGAGCCGGGGAUCUUACCAGAUUUAUUAUCGCAACGUGUUCCACGCUUUUUACACCAUCGGUAAAGUAGACGGACUGGCCGGCUUACAGAAAGGACUGGUGCCCGGGCUGGUUUAUCAGUUUUUUAUGAAUGGAGUCCGGCUCGGCUCGUACGCCAUCAUUGAGUCCUCCGGUUACAUCCACACGAACGGAAGAGUUAGCGCGGUGAAAACCACGGUAUCAGGGGCUGUGGCUGGAGUGGUGGGAGCCGUGAUGGGCAGCCCCGUCUACUUGGUAAAGACUCAUCUGCAGAGUCAGUCUACCUCCUCCAUUGCAGUUGGACAUCAGUAUAAACACCAGGGGAUGAUCCACGCUCUGUCAGCCAUCUACAGGCAGCAUGGCAUUCUGGGACUGUGGAGGGGCUCCAGUGCUGCUGUACCCAGGGUCAGCGUGGGAUCAGCUGCACAACUCUCCACCUUCUCCUCCUCCAAGGAACUUGUGGUUGACCUACAGGUGUUCUCAAAGGACAGCUGGUUGGUGGCCUUAAGUGCUGGCAUGAUCAGCAGUGUGGUGGUGGUGAUGGCCAUGACACCUUUUGAUGUAGUGAGCACACGACUCUACAACCAGCCUGUGGAUCUUUUGGGCAAGGGGCAGCUCUAUAAAGGAUUUGCUGACUGCUUUUCUAAGACGCUGAGGAAGGAGGGCCUGAUGGGACUCUACAAAGGCUUGGGAGCCUCUUAUUUCCGGCUCGGUCCGCACACCAUUCUGUCUUUGUUCUUCUGGGAUGAACUGCGCAAACUGUACAAGGAGUUCAGAUAACACCAGAGACAAGGACAUUGGAAAAUGGGUAACUCAUUAAGCUCUGAGUGCAUAGGUUAAAUGAUUCCUCAUUUAAUGAGUUCACUAUUAUGAGGUAAAAAAAACAAAAACAGGAGAUGCUCUCCUUUCUUGAUGGGAAAGAGAAAGAGCAAAGGUAACAUUUUACACUCCAAUAAGAAAACACAUUAGUACAGUCAAAAUACGUCAGGAAGAAGAUGAAAAUGUCAAAACUGCUGUCAGGACCUCUGAACAAUUCUGUCUGGAUUUGUCUUGGUGACUUAUGUGCACUGACGAGAUGAUAACUUACAUAUUAACUUCGCAAUAGACCUCAUAUACAGUGUACUGUAUGUUCUCUGGGGUAAAUAUGUCAAACGUCAUGGCUCUUUUAUAGCUCUUUAACUCUAUAGUUAUGCCAUUCCAAAAGAUAUAAUAGAAUCUACAUUGGACACAAUUCUUUAUCUUCUGGAGAAAGCAUCAAAUGUGGCCCACAGUUUGAGAAAAUGAAUGGACUGUGCCAACAGCCAUAACAGUGGCAAAAAAUCUAAUAUGAAAUUAUUGGUGCAAAUUGGCCAGGUGGCAGCUGCUCCAUGGUUUGCAGUAGAAGCUGUUCUCCUUAAUGCAAAGUUAACACAGGUAAUAGUCUAAACCACUGUAUUCAAAGGGAAACCUACUGUAUGAUGACUUGUUGAAACAAAGACAAAAGUAAAUGCUGCUGUCAAAUCAGCAAAUUGACAUGCGUACAUAAGUAACACUGAUGAAAAUGUGCCAGUGAUGCAAAUGACUUGCCGUAGCCUUGUAUAGGCAGGAGGUGACGCAGAGUAUAAUAUAUCAACAGAAGUAAGACUUCUGGGGAUUUCCUGUAAACAAUUUUGCCUUCAAGGUAAGAAGGGUUGUUAAAGUCAAAGAGAACCUGCUGAUCAUUGACCCAAUGGUGAGCCAGUCAGUACACACUUGUCUGUGUAGCCAAACUUUGUUCAAACCCACAGAACUUGUAUGUAUGUAUGUAAUGUGUAAUGUAUGUAAAUGCAGAAUGGAUUAAGAUGAGUUUUCCAACCUCAAAUGGAAAAAAGGGAAAAGGCUCAGUAUUGAGCUACAUUAUUGCUUUGCCUUCAAUAUAUUUGCAGGUUUUAUUAGUUAAUAUUGUACAUAUCCAUCAUUCUGACCAGAGACCAGCAUACUGAAAUGUACAAACACAGUUUAGUGCAUCUUCAUUGUCAGAAUUCUUUAUUUAUGUAUGUUGAUUUUUAUAGGGACAGAUACAGAUUGACUUGUAGCAUUUCACUGUAGCCUGAGCUAAUUUGCAUCGCUUAUGCCUCAAUGGGCUUUUCUAAAAGAAUAAAUAGUACAAUACUGAAAUGUAUGAAACCCAAACAAUAAACAGAUAAUGCUAAUUACAAUAAAAGUACAGUACAAGUAGAUAACGAAAGACCUGAUCACCUGAUGACUCCUCAAAAACUAAUAAAACUGUGUUUUACAACUCCUCAUGGAUGCACCUCGAGUAGCAGAGCCAGAAUCACUUUCACCGCGUCACAGAGAACCUUCAGAGACUAGUUACACAUUUAUAGGCAUGUUGAAAAUUGACAAAUGUAAUGAAGUUUUUAUUACCAAUACAUUUCUUUUGUCCUCUUGCCUCUGUGACUAGUCAGCUGUAAAAUGCAGCAUUUGCAUUUCUUAAUUCUUUACAAAUACACUGUUAGACCUUUAUACAGGGUCAUACCAGGAGAAGCUUGUCAGUGCAGUUUCACAUGUAAGUUUCUGUUUAAAAUGUUUUGAGAAACUCGCUUCCUGUCCCACCAAUAAUAUUCAUUAAUUCAUUGUGAUUUUGAGUAUAUUGAGAUCAUCCUGAGGCAGAACAUUGUUCACUAUCACUAUCCAGGGGUUGCCAGAUUCCCUUUCAAAAUUGACAAAAAAAAUUCAGUUACCAAAAUAAAGUUUGUUUAAAAUCUUAGCUGCUAAAAUAACAUUGUGAUAUGAAAAGCUAGUUACAAAAUGGUGUGCCUUAAUCAUUCAACCAAAAUAAAAUGAAAGUAAAAUUACAGAGUAGAUUUUGUAAAUCGAGUUACACUUUUACCAGUUUGGCUUUAAUCAAAUUUUAAUUUAUUAUUUCGAGUUUCUUUUUUGUGUGUUUACUUUUAUCUAAUCAAUUGAUAAUAAAAUAGGAUAUUGUAGCUAUAAUUUUGUUAAUUAUUUUAACUGUAUAUGACAACUGUGCCAACAGUCGCUAAUGUUUAUUUAUUAGAAUUGACACACACUGUUAACCCAUGAUUGAUCACAUUUCACUGUGUUGUUAUGGCCUUUGAAAAGUACUUCAGUUCAAGACAGGAGUUUUUUGUCAAAAAACAAUUCACCUCUGCCUCACAUGCACAUGCACAUGCACACACAUUAACAAAAUUACUAUCCACCAGAUGAAUCACUUUCCUUCUUUGGGGUUAUACACCACUGCUCUCUUAAGUGUGAGCCAGAUUUGGUGCUUUCUUCAUAAAGUGCACAAUACUUUAAUAAUACAUUAUUAGUUAGUGAUUUUAAAAGUGACUGAACGGCUUUCAGGAGACAAAUAUUACUUGAGUUUAUAUUGUAUUAUGAAGUUUUGGUCCACUUAUAUUGCCAUUGCCAUUUUUAUACUUACUAUACGAAGCAACUUUGUCUUCUUGAUGUAAUGCCACUCAUUUGUACUAUGAACAAUGUAUGUGGUUUAUUAUGGAGUAUUCUUAAGUCUGUUUAAUCAACAUUUAUUUGAUUUAUCUUGAAGAGUCAAAAUAAUAAAGUGGGCUAGGACACUGUACUUAACAGCAGUAUCAGCUGUACUGUAUAUUUCAUACACUGACAGAACAAUUAUCAUAAUUAAGGUUGAUCAAACAGACUAUAAUAGUCUCCCACAGACCACAUUAUUAGACCAUGAAAAGUUGUCUUUGAAAUAAUAGCUCAAACAUGUCUGACCAGAAAUGAUUCCUGUCAAACAAACUUUGUGCCAAACCUUGUGGCAUUUAUUUAGUUCACAUCAAGCCAGCUGAACAAUUUUCAGUGGUUAAGACACCAAAAAGUACUAAAAAUACCAAACUGAACUGGCAGAUUAGAAACCAGACUGUGAGAACAAUUACUGGCUAUAAAGACCCCUCAAUCAGAUUUUAUUCAGGGGUGACAAACUAACAAUUACACCUAAUUCUUAACAUGGUAUGCUGUUCACUACCUUGAAUAAAUGGAAACCUGUUAACAGUGGUCUACAAUGACUACAAACUGAAAGGUUACUGGUUAGUUUAUAUAAUGUAAUUAAAAAUUAGGUUGGGGAAGCACCGAUGAUAAUGUCAGAUACAUGCAAAAAUGCUAAAUGUAGUUUUGAAACUUUUGUUUGGAGAUUGCUCAACUCAUGCAGAUGGUUUCAAUGUGAAGUCACUGAUGACUUGCAUAUCAUGAAACCUCAUGCCAGUUGUAAGAGUUAAGCAGUAUUAAUGAAUGUUACAGGCAGCAGCUUGGUUAUGUCUAAUGAAUGUGUUACUAAAUGCACUUUUUCUGUGCAAUGGACUUGAACAACAAAUAAAUUCUCACUUUUUAUUGACGGA